AUGUCGGCUCCAUCUCACGCCUCUUCUCGCUCCUCCUCUCGCUCAAACAAAGAGCUCGGAAGUCCAACGUCCUCCCACUCUCCUUCAGAUGUAGAACGUUCACCCCCUAAGACCCGCUCCGGCCUGACUCUUCGCGGGGGGAAGAUUCCCAACAAUUCUGCGAGAAAUUAUAUGCGCUGCAUCAAUGAAGAUUGUAAAAAGCCUUCGACGAAGGCUUGUACUGCUCGGUGUUGUGCGGAGCAUUGCUCCACAGAGCUCACAGGACUGAAAUGCAGCGUACACAAAGGAACACAGGCACAGCCAGCCAACCCCGACGAGCUCCCCUCAUCUGCUUCCGCGCGUUCAUCAACAAAACCGAAGCGGGGAAAACGAGACGGCACUUCCACGCCUGCUACGAAGCCCAGAGGCCGUCCAGCUGGUAGUAAAGCUCCUCGCGGCCAAGGGUUAUCCUACUCGGCCAAUCUGGAUGAAUCUUGGGAGCGUGUUCAUGACAAGUCGGAUGGCUAUGCUGUUUCCGAUCGAUCAGCGCCGAUAAACAUGGCCCAAGUCUACUCGCAGCAGGAGGCCAAGAAGGUGACGGUUAUGUUUUGGGAACAGAACGGCGUCCCCCCAAGUAUUACCCGGGACUAUACAACCCCCCACUACCCCUUCUUUCAUCCCAGAGACCACAAAGACCUCGCCAGCGCCAUCGCAGACAAUAAUUAUUGGAUGUACUACGACUCCUCUCGUCCGGGCUGGGUACGGACCGAUGCUCCCUUAAGAAUCGAUGGUUCUGUCCUUCACAUCCGACUUCAUACCGUGACGGACUGCCCUGGGCUCCCCAGCAUACCUCUCCCUCUUUUUCCUUCGACACCCCGUAAACGGAGCGUCUAUGAUGCCGAUCCCACAGAAGACAGCCCCUCGAGUGCGUCCAAGCUCUCUCGCAGCAGCAGCUCUUCAUCUAUUGCGGACUCUCGUGUCGGCUCUUUGAGCCCGUCUCGCACACCAUCCCGAUCUGGCAGCGCGGGCUUCGUGACGAGCUCUCCAUCUCCUAGUCCUGCUCGCACUGACCUUGCGGCUCGGCUCGCCGGCAUGUCUGCAGUCUCCUCCGCAGAUGAUGAUCACCCGAUCACAACGCCUGAACCUCAAUCACGGCCUCCUUCCGCACAGUCUUUGUGGAGCGACCCCAUGAAUACGACUCCUGUUCGGUCCACUGCUCGCAUUCCAACUCCGAACGCCGUCACAGGAACCCCGCUCGCUCUCAAUAAAUCAGUGCCUGAGACAGAUCACCAGGUCCACUCUCGCCGCUUACCCUCACCUCCCAUCGCGGGCUCAUCUAAGUCUCCGACGAAGCCAAUGUCUUUCCCAUACACUUACGUCUGUGAGAUGGCGCCGGCCAUGAGAAAGUUCGAUAGCACAUCCGGGACGGUUCAAGAGCGUUUCACACAUGCAUUUCCCCAUUGUAAGUGGGUGAAGGCUACCUGGUAUAACCACUUUAAUGUAUGGGAGAAAGCGGUGAAGAGAGACAAGUUUGUUGAAGGCUAUGAAAGGCUCGGGCGGACUGCAGAAGGGAAGUGGUCUCGGAUGAAAUCUGAUCUCGGUAUCAAAUAG